AUGAGAGCCAGGCUACCCGGAUGGAGUCUACGAGAACGGCCAAUGUCUACGAUCACGCUGCAUGAGCAGAAGGCUGCGCUCCGGAAGCGAAUUGGGGAUGAGCUCAAGAAGCUCAGUCCACACGAGAUAGAACGACAAUCGACUGCGGUCACCAAUCAUGUUUUGCAGACACCAGCUUAUCGCAAUGCAAAAGCUGUAGCGAUAUUUCUAUCCAUGCCCGGAAAAGAGAUUUCCACGCGAGAUAUCGUCUUGCAUUCACUGGAUUGUGGCAAGGCUGUUUUCGUGCCGUAUCUGCACCCAGGAAAAGAACCAAAGUCCAGGGUCAUGGACAUGCUGCAGUUGCAAGACAAGCAUGAUUUUGAGAAUUUAAAGCCAGACAACUGGGGGAUUCCGUCUCUCUCAAGAGACUCCGAGGGUCUGCGUAGGAAUGCCUUAGGCGGACUUGGAAUCUCGAACAAACACGAUCAGAAAGUGUUUCCAGUGCUUGAUCUCAUAUUCGUGCCGGGUGUGGCCUUCGAUCUGUCUCAUCGACGUCUGGGCCAUGGCAAAGGUUUCUAUGACCGCUAUCUCGAAAAGUAUAAGACCGCGCUCGAUUCAAGCCAAGCUGCACAACGAAUGCCGUACCUUGUUGGUCUUGCCCUUGCUCAGCAGAAUCUGCCGGCGCAAGAGGUAAUCCCCGUAGAUCAAAGCGACUGGUUGGUUGACGAGGUUAUCACAGCUGAGAAAAUAAAGGUGGCAUAA